AUGGACGAGGUCAAGCUGGAGAGCCUCUCUGGCAGGGCAGGAAUCAUCAAGGCCGGCCAGGAUUCCGACGCCCUGGAUCGAAUUUCACAUCAGGUCCUCGAUGACGUCCUUUACAAUGUCAUCUUCGAUCUCGUUCUCGAAGUCCACCGCGAAGAGAAGACUCGCCGAGCCAACACCGCUGCCAUCCGUGUAGAGAAACUGGCCGCCGACGCUGCAGACGCCUCAGAUCUAGAAACCAAGCCCGACGUACGAACAGAGACCGAUGCUGCCAUAUACGAGGACGGUAAGGUCUUACUCAAAGGCAACCCGUUGCAGACCACAAGGGACAUCCUGUGCCCACGCUGCCACCUCCCUCGCCUGCUGCACCCCACCGACGGCAGGGGUGCUCAGAAAGCAGACCCGAGUAUCAUAUACUGCAAGAAGCACCCUUACAUCGAUAAGCCUGGCUACGACAUCUACGGCCAGACAUGGGUAGCCCCGGGCCCGGGCAGGGGCAAGAAAAAGAAGGACAUGGAGAAGAAGCUCGAUGCUAGUGUAGACGGCACCGUCACGCCCACGUCCGACGGCCAACGGCCCCCCAACGUGCUCUCCUUCCCCUCUGCGACCUGUAGCAAGUGUAAACGGUGCAUUCUGGUCACCCGUUUGAACAACCACAUGGGAGCAUGUAUCGGCAACAGCGGCAGGAACGCAAGUCGUGUGGCCUCGCAAAAGAUCACUAAUGGUGGUAAUGGUGAUAACACCCCUCCGUCCAGCCAGAAGGGCACCCCAGUCAAUGGCUCUCGGGCGGGCAGCCCUAGGAAGCGCGAUGCCGACGAACUCGACGAGGACCAGGAGUCAGACACAACCAACCCUAAGAAGAAGAGUAAGAAGCUUAAGGGCCCGACCACUAAGAUUCUGUUGAAGAACAAGCCCAAGAAGGAGAAGGAGAAGGUCAAGACCAGCUCGUUCCUGAGUGUCGAGUCCAAGGUCGACGAUGAGGACGACGAGGAUGAUAAGAAAUCAACCGUCCAAGUCGUGCCCAAGAAACCCACGUCAAAGCAGCCCUCACCCGCCAAGAAACUGAAGCUCGGGACGUCAAAACCACCUUCUGCAUCGCCCAAACCAAAGAACGGCAGCCAGGCAGAUGGGGGCUACGAAUCUUCAGACACACUCUCGGACCCACCACACGCAUAA